AUGUCAGUCAAUGACAUCAAAGAGGAUCUGGUGAGCCAAGGCAUCGCAGACGCCGUGGUUCAGCAGCUGACCUCAAGGACCACAAAGAAGCCACUUCCGCUCUUCCUCGUCAAGACGAAGAUGCCGGAAAAGCUUGCAGAGAUCCAGAGGCUGGCCAUGCUCACGGUCAGCUUCGAGAGGAAGAAAAAGUCUUCCGAGCCCAGCCAGUGCUACCGCUGCCAGCGGUACGGGCACACACAGCGGAACUGCCGUCUCGCUGAACGGUGCGUUAAGUGUGGAGAGGACCACAACAGCACCAGCUGCAGUCUGCCAGCGCCGCCAACAGGGCAACGAAACGCCAAGUGUUGCCUCUGUGGAGAAGGCCACCCCGCCAACUACAAGGGAUGUAGUAAGGCGCCGAGAAAGCUGCUUCUGCCCCCAAAGCAGUCCCCACCACCAAAUAGGACUUCUUACGCCCAAAAGUGA